AUUUAAUUUUGGACUUUUGUUGAGAGCGGUGGUUUUAGGGUUUUAUACUUAUUAAUUCGAACUUAAAAGAAAUUAUUAAACUAUUUAAGCGAAGUUUGUUACCUAGCGAUUACAGUAAUUAUCAUAAAAAAAUUAGUUGCCAUCAUUAUUGUCCAAUGCACGCUCAUUUGCUGACUUUUUAUCUGGGCAUUCGAGUGCUAUAUGCGGACAAAGAGUAAAAAAUUUAACAUAUUUACCAGUGGUUGAGUGUCUUUUCAAUGGCGUUAACCAAAUUGAAAAAUGUUAAAACAAUUGAAAAUAUCAAUGAAACGGUAUUUUCGUAGUAAAGUAGAAAUUGAAUAAACAUAAUUUUGACGUGCAUGGAAUUUCGCUAUGUGCCAAAAUUUCAAUGUAUGCAUGUGUAUAUAAAAGAACAUAUGUACAUACACAUAUGUGCUUUAUGCUGUCCAAUGCACGCUCAUUUGCUGACUUUUUCCUGGGCAUUCGAGUGCUAUUUGCGGACAAAGAGUAAAAUCUGACAUAUUUACCAGUGACUAGCUGCUUUUUUAAUAGUGCUAAUCAAUUUGUACAUUGUUAGAACAAAUUAAGCUAUUAGGAAAUGUGUUCAUAUGUACUAUAAUUAUAUGUAGCCAAAUAUUUAUUAAAUAUGAUGUUAACUUGAGGCUGAACUGAGCUGAGCCGCAACAAAGUCUUAAUAAAACCAAAUAUGAUUGAUCAUCACGAAAAAAAUUAUCUAUUUUGUAUGUAUGUAUGAAAUUUUCUCAUAAUUUCCUUCAUAUCAUGUGGGCAUAUAUGUAUGUACAUAUGCACGUUGGUAUGUACCAACAGCAUGUGUAUUUAUUGUGAGAUUAAAGCUCGCGACGUGAUCUUUAUGUUAUAAAUAAAAACACUUCCAUCAACUCACAACAGAAAUGAAGAUAGAUAGUACCUUAGUCAUUCAUACAACAACAAUAACCAUUAAUAGGAAAAAUAUAUGUAAAUGAUUUACUACAUUAAUAACAGUGAUAUAUAAUAAGAAAAUACUUAUUUAUAAAACUAAUUAAACUAUUUGUUUACAUAUGUAUGUCCAUAAGUAAUAUGGUAGCAACUGACAUCAAGUAUAACCCAAAAGUGAUAAUGAAAAAUUAAAUGUAGACUUUUGCUGUUAACUACUACAUUAAGUAAAUAAAUAAAAAAUAUUGAGAUGUGAAUUUUAAGUCGGUUAUCGUGCCGUAUCGGUUUAGUUAAGAGUACCGGUUCCGCUUGCAAAAGCGAACUAGAGGGUUAAUCUUUGUUGCACACUGUAAAUAUAUAUAAACAUUCACACACACAUAUAUAGAUAUGUAUGUAUAUAAUCAUUAUGCACAACGCAUUCAUUCCAUUACAUACAAGCAUCUUAUAUACAAGCCAAUCAUGAUCUUUUUUUCUAACACAUUGACCCGAGUAGAAUUAAAAAAAAAAAAGAAAUAAAAUAAAAAAUAAAAUCAAUGUAAACUGCUCUUCAUGGAAUUUUAAUUGUUUGUGUAAGAUGUUGAAAUAAUAAAACAAACCAUAAAGUGAACCAAGCCAUGCAACACAUCACAACACACGUACAUAUAGGCAGGUAGUACCUACCAAGAAUUCCUAUUGGUGACCAAUAAACAAAGCAACUCACCCACGUUUUCCAACUGCAAUCACGAAGAGAGCAAUCAGUUUUAAAAGAAAAAAAGAAAUGAAAAAGACGCAGGUAAGUAAAAUGUCAAACAAUUGUAUUUGAAGCAACAAGGCACUAUUUGUUGUAAGCACAUAUUUACACACAUGCGUAAAAAUGCACCAUAACAAAAUGCAUUAGAAGGGACGGAGGUAUACUGUGGCAUGUUGCAUGGAAGAGGGAAUUCAUUACCAUUUGAAAUGAUUCAGUUGAUUUCUUACGCUGUUAGCUGGUAGACAGGCAAAUUGGAUAGUGCUAAAGGGCGGAGCGGAACUUUUCGUUAUAUUUUUUUAAAACCCUUGGCUUUCAACUUUUUUUAGAAGCAACAAUGAAAUUCAGUGUUGCGACCCUUUGCUUACUACUUAUACUCCAAUGGACGCAUGCGCGUCAAGAACACUUAGCAGCGCGUCAUCAACUGCUCUAUUUCCCUGCACUGCAUGCCUAUCCAGCUUAUCAUGUCAUAAAACCACAACAAGCCCAAUCAGAAACAAAGAGACCGCACAGUGAAAGCACAGAAUUACCCAGUAGCAGCGGAGAAGCGUCCACAUCGGUAGAAACUCAAAGCAGCACCAAAACUGUUGAGAAUACCCAAAAUUCAAGUAGUGCAGCGCCUAAAGCCCCUAAUACGCCCGCAGUGGAGCUAGAAAUUUUAACCGGCCAUACCAAUUACACGCCAGACGAGUUUCCACACGAUUUACUAGAAAUCGCACGUUCCAAGCUCGGCUUGAAGAGUCUCGAUGAAGUGCCUAGCAUUAGUGAAUUGGCUGAGUUUCUCGGUACUGCCAAUGCGGAGGAAACAAUCCAAUACAUACGUCAAAUGACAAAUACCGAGCAAGGCAUUGCAUUGAUUACAGCCUACCUUGAGUCGGCGGACUUCACCGAUCGCACAGAGGAAACGCGUCACCGUCAACAAGAGCCAGCCCAAGGAAAAGUUGAAGCUGACGAAAAUGCUGAAAUAGCGAAAAAUAAAAAUAAUUUCUUAGAUCGUAUUGCUGCAUAUUUCCACAUCUACAAUUUAUGGCCGCAAAGUGGUGAGACUGACAGCGUCGAAACACGCAAAAAUGUCGAGCAACAGCUGAGUAAAUAUAUAAAACCACAAUUGGAGUACAGAAAACGGUUGCAUGCAGCAGCAGCUCAUCAUCAGCCAAACGCCAUGCGACAACACAAACCAGUUUUAGUGCGUAAUCCCUUGCCUUACCACUAUCCGGUGCCUUUACGCCCUGUGGUAGGCAAUCGUUUGACAAAUAAUGAUGUUGUCGGUAUGCCACCACAAACCGCAUUUUCGCCAGUUCACUUGAACACGCCUAAAUUUUACAUGCCAUCAACGCAUCUACAACUUGCGCGCGCUACCAAUAUACCACCACAACAGUUGCAAACGCUGCUGCAAAGCAAACCCAAGCUCGCUGAAUUGGCCGCCAAGGUAAGUCAUUUGCCAUUGACGAGUGAUCGCUCGACGCACAUUGACGCCCAACUGAUGGCGGCAGUAAAACGUGCCAUCGAACAAGAUGAGGACUUGCGUAAAUUGCUACAGAGCACAGCCGAAACGCUUAAAUGAUAUUUUAUGCCUUAAAUAAUAAUUUUAUUAUGCCUAAAAUAAUAUAUAUGUAUUAAUAUUGC